AUGACUAAGACUCUUGAGAUGGAAGUAUUUCAGAAAUAUAAUUACUUUACUACGUCAAUUGAGGCUAUUUUGCAAAAGCUUAAGGAUUUCAACAAAUCUUCUCGUAAGGAUACGAUGCAAUUUAUACUCACAAAAGAUUUGGUCAAUGCUUGGGAAAAGUCAUAUUUUGGAGUCAUAUUCGCCUUUGCAAUUUGGUUAGAGUUUAAUACCUUCCUUUUAUCUUUAUUAAACUUUACAAAAUUUCAACUAUUGAACCAUCGGAACAGCUGGAACCAACUUCUGCGAAACCAUAGCGUCACUCCUGCGAAAACCAUGACGACACAAAUUUUAACUGGAAGUCAGAGUGACAUUUAUAAUAAAUGCCGCUCGUCUACAUAUGAUAAUAAUUCAACUCUCAGUGUUCGACUUCGUCAAAUUCGAGGGAUCAACAUACUUAUCGAGACAUUUGAGAACCUUAUUUCAUCUAAAGAAUACUGUGUGGAGACGAGCGUUUCUGCAGAUUCAACUCUGCAAGAUGUGGAUUAUGGUGACAGUACUUUUUAG